AUAAAAAUAAUUUGUUGCUGCCAAAAAAAUACACGAACUAUGUGCGUUGCUAUACGCUCAAAAAUAUCCUAACAAGGCGGGCGUCGACAAUCAUGUUGUGCAGCCAUUCGCAGUUCAGGCAUUAUUUUUUAUCUCGUACAAAGAGUUGAGCACAGUUUUUAAAUUUCACGUGUAGUUUCCAAAAAAAAAUAUUCCACAAUUGCUACCAUUAUUCAAUCCUUACAAGUUUAAUCGAUUUGGCGUGCAUUAAUACAAUGUCCAGGCGGGACAGGGCCUACGCGCAGGCAGAGGAGCGCUGGCUCGACAUCAUCGCGUCGAGAGGUGGCGUAUCGGUGGAACAAGCACAAGUCGGCCCAGGCCCUCUGGGCGUGGAAGCGGCCAAUGAAGAACGGGCCCACUUUAGCCGGGAACACAACGCGAAUGAGCAGCAACUGCUGGAUCCUGCUGUGGACAGCUUGCUGCACGUAAUCUCCGACGACUCCGAGAUUUGCAGUCUAAUAUCGAGCGAUGGCACCGAGUUCCAUGGCUGGCCCGACAAGGACGACCCCUCCACAGUGGAGAACGUUGACCAUGGCGUCUACGGACUCAUUCGCACAAUUUCGCAGUCACAGGGCGAAGAUCUACAAGCUGCACACUACUCGGCCUGCACGCCACCCAAAAGAGCGCGAAUGAGCUGUGAAAUAAUCGAAAUUAAUGAUUCUCCAGAGGCGGCCACAGACUCGGGCGUGGUCUUUAUGCAAUCGGUAUCCACAAAUCCCGGGGUUUUGCUGACCAACGGCAGCCUCGUCGACUCUCAUCUGUUUGAGAUUCUGCCGCAUUCCGAGGAACAAGCCCUAGAAAUGGUUGAUCCAAGCGGCACCGAGCAGUGCGUUGUCUACGAGGAUGUGGACGGUGAAAUUGUCCUGGCCGAGGAGCACUGCUGCGAGAUAAUAGUCUCGACACAGAACGAGCAGGCCUACCUAAUGUCCGGCAAUGGAGCUCUUCUCCGGCAUCAUCUGAACGGCUCGGGCUACAUUGAUGGCGUGGCAGGGGACGAGGAUGAGGAGGAGACGCGCAUGGAGGCCGGCAACAAUGUUUAUCUGAGCGAUGCGGCCCUGGACCAGCCCAUGGUCCAUCAUCAUGAGCUGGUCGAAGAAGAUGAGGGCGAGGACGAGGAGGCGCACAAUGACAAUGAGCAUGAGAACGCCAACUUUGUGGACGACACUCCAUUGGAGGAAGAGCGCCCCGAUAUCUGUCAGGUGUACGACCACGAGCUGGAAGACCACGACAACGAGGGCGAGGAAGAGGAUAAUAUACAGCAGGAUCACCAUCAUCAUCAGCUUCCCUUGGAGCAGGAGCUACCUCUGGAGCAUGUCCCAGAGAUGGACGCAGAGCAGCCAAUAGUCAUCAGCGACAUUGAGGAGGAGCAGCCCGAGCACAGCAGCCCCACACAGUUUCCAAAUAGCUCCUCGUCCACGCCCAAUGGCAGCGACAACUACGACUACGAUGACGAUCUGGGCCUGGGCGAGGACGAUCGACCAAGGAAAAUGCAGCCAGCUAAGCGCAAGUAUCCGCCACUGCUGAAGAACACUCUAUUCGCGGAGGCCAUGGACCGGCGUCUGGCGACCAUUUGUCAGGCACAGCCGCAGAUGAGUCUCAGCGAGAAGGUGGCGACCUGGGAGAUGGCCACCACCCACGACUGUGAGGCUGUCGAGGAUGUAGAGAACUUUCAGGCCAACUUUGAGCAGCACGAGGCUUCCAUGGCUUCCAAACACCACAGCUUCAACGAGUUUCGCGAGACACUGGAGCGUAAUAUGGAAAAGAUCAACCGCCAGUUCAUGCGUAGUCCAGCCCAGUCGACAGUGGACCAUGGCCAGGCCAGCCCCAGUCAAGGAACGUCCGCUCAGGAGAAGCCUCUCAUUCAGCGACGACAGCUGCAUGUGCUGCACACAGAGGAUACCAUUGUUCUGGACGAUGACGAGGACGAUUGCUACGAGGUGGGCGGCGACAAUCCGUCUGUUGUCACCCUCACACCGGAGGUUGAACUGCAGGCACUAACCUCGGAGCAGGAGGAAGAACUGCAACAGCAGCAAGAGGAGAAGGAGGAGGAGCCCAAAAUCGUGCCCGACAUGAAGACAAUUCAGACGCAGACCUCAGUCCAACGACUGGCCACAAAGGAAACUUCCACAGCAGAUCUGGCACCGCUGCCAGUGGCCUCAGUGACCACUGCCUCCGCAGAAUCUCCAGCCCCUGCUGCUGCACCCGAAGCACAGGGAAUGAAUGACAUGCCACCAGCCAUUAUAUCCACGGAGACUGCAGCUGACCGUGAGCUGGUGGACGUUGUCUUUGGCAUGAUGGGAAAGAAGGUGACGAAACAGCAACAGGAGCUACUGCUAGAGCAGCAACAUUCCCGCUUUCAGGAGAGUCUCCUUCCUCCAUUCGAUGUGUCGCAUGGCAUGAGGGCUGGACUGAAUGCUGUUGCCUUUGGCGAUUGCCCCAACGAUGCCAUGUUCUACGAGCAGCAAGAGUUCUGCAACUAUCUGGGACUCACGGAGAUGUCCACGGCCAAUGCGGUGGCCACAGCCAUGCGGGAGCUGGCCAACAGCACGGUGGCUCGACGCUCGCUGAGAGUGCGGCCGCAGGAGCAGCUGGACAGGAUGCGCAGCGAUGUGCGUGGCAAGCGGAAGGAGAGAAAGCAGCAGCUUCAGCAGCUACAACAGAAUGUGGCGUUGAACACCAGCAGUGAGCAGAGCACAGAGGAGCAAGGCACAGCUGCAGCCGCUGAAGAGCAGCGCCAGUCCACACACGAGUACGACCAAUACUAUGGGGCACAGGGCGAUCACCCAGUAGCCUCCGAUGCGGAGGACCAGGAAUCGGAGGACAAGAAUGCUGACAAUAGAUGCUUAAAGUCUGAUUUGGUGGAUGUGCAGGUCUUUGCCCAGAUCUAUGCUGCUCCCACACCCACCCAGGACCAGUUGGUGGAGACCUUGCAGCAGCAGAACCUCAAGCGAGCGGAGGACAACAGAAGUGAGGUGGUGAGGCUUGAGUGCAUGCAGAAGCGCUUGCGACAGGCACGUGAGUCGAAGCCAUCCAUCUACAUUGUCGAAGCGAUGAGCAAUGCACCACCAGAGGUGCUGCCAGAGUCAUCACCAAAGCAGCGUGCACGCGCGCGUACACUAACGUCCUCUCCCACGCGCAUUGUCGAAACUACGAGCUAUGACGGUCCGCGUCCUUCUCUGGAGAGCUCCAGCCCAGACAGAAGCCAGUUGAAGUACAACCCAAAGCUAACUAAAAACCAAGCGCAAACCUCCAAGGCUCCCCGUAAGAGUCAACCGGAAAGCAAGAAGCCAAGGACAUCGACGGGUGCAGCAACCACCACCAAAACGGGCGCUCCUGCACGCAUACGGGACCUGGUCACACGCUCCACGACGCACAUGAAUUCGAAGCUGCUGCGCAAUCGAAAGGUCAAUCUGCUGAAGAGCUAUGCCCUCACGGAUGCGGCUGCUCAGGGCAAGGGCAAACGACUGAGCGGCGGCACCGCCGCAAGAGCAGCCGCAAAGCAAUCGGCCAAAGGCAACGCAAAGAAACCACCGGAACCCACGAACACCCAGGAGAAGAAGUUGCCCCAACAGCAUCGCCUCGAGCAACAGCAGACGGCUCCUGCUACACCACCACACACUCCAACAAAGACGGCAGCAAGGGCCACCAACGCUUUGACAGUAGAUGCUGGGGUUACACUCCCAAAGAGCACCAGGCGCGCGCGAGCUCAGACUCUGCCAGAGGCUGGGACCAAGGCGUCUGUUCAAAUUGCGGCAGGCCCUUUGCCAGCUGCCCACUUAUCCAGUUCAAUGCAUGUUACUGCUGAUCCACUUCAAAUCCAUGGCUUGAUGGACGACUCCCAAGGGUUUUUCGAAAACCACGCGCCUAUAUCCCCAGCUAAAGAUCUAGUGGGUCGCUAUAUGUUAAGUGCCCGUCAAUUUGCUAAGCAACAAGAGCCACAAGAGCUUUACAUGCAGGCCAAUCCCUCGGGCUAUAGCCAAUAUAGUCAAACAAACAGUUCAAACUAUGCCCAUGCCCAUGCCCAAGCCCAAGCCCAGUAUGCAAGUGUGGCCAAACCCGCAUUGAUCUAUCCGCCAAUGUGCAGAGCAGAAGUCGGAAAGAAGGAACCAGAGAAGGAGCCACAUUUCUCACGUCGUCGGCCGUCGCAACAAACGGAAACUUCCGGACUAUAUACCGAAAUCAAUCGUGCCCUUCCCCCCGGUGGCAUGGUGCGACUGAGCGAUGGAUCUCGUAUGUUAAGCAACCCGCUGGCGGGCAAACACGGCAAGGUGUUGUACAUAUACUAUGAGCUGGACCAGCUUAUAGUACUGCAGGAGCACUGCGUCAGCUUUUGGAAGUACUCGAAGGUCUUCAAUGUGUUGCACAAGCCACGCAGACCAAACUCUUCCGCAGCAAAGGAGACUGGAGCCUCCACACACUCGAUACUUCCAGGUGGUCAAGGCACCGAACCGAGGGCCACCGAAUCUGAGCGAUCCCAUGCAGAUGAAGACUUUGAACGUAGCCCGCGUUGGGUGAAUCUGGGCAAACUGAGGCGCAUUACAAAUGACACUGAGGUGUUUGCGCCGUUCGGGAACAGGCUUUGCGUGCACAACUCGACGCCUGUGUACGUGGAGAUGCGCUGCCAUCCGCUGGAUCACCACAAGCGGGAAGUCACGCUGACUUCGCUGCACGUGAACAUUUACUACUACUGCGAGGAGGAGCUGCGUCCCAAGAUGCAUUCUGUGCACCUGGAUGCGGUCAGCUGUGACGGUUCACAUGUGAUUUUCACAAGCAUUACAGAGUCUCGCUACUUUGUGGUGGCCUGGCAGCAGGAGGUAGUGAUGGGUAAGCCACGCUCGGGCAUCUGCAAGUACUCGCUGACGCCCACGCUGGACACGCUGGCCUCGAUACGCGAGUUCAAGCAGCUGCGCCACGAACUGAAGCACAUUGAGUGCCUCACGGAGGAUCGCCUCAUUGGCUAUGGUCAGACGCGCAUCACGAUCUGGGACCAUCGCAGCGGAGACACGCUCAUGAACUAUGACCUCUGUUGCCAGCUGGGCCGCAGCCUGACCGCCAUGCACUAUCCCAGCUUCGAAUUGGACCAGAGCAGCAUACUGAUCCUCUAUCAGCACAUCGAGUCGCAGGAGCAGUCGGACAUGCCCUCCGAGGUGCACGUAAUUGCCUGCGAGCUGUCGCAUACGACGCCCUCGCAUCGUCUGCUGCAGGUUCACCGUCUGCCCGCACCACAGUUCAAUGAGCAACUUCAAGCCGUCAACACGGGGGAUCACCUGAUCCUCAAGGCCAUCACAGGCGAUGAGAUUUGGAUAAGUUCCGCCGAUCCCAGGCAGCUGACGUACGUGGCACCGCAGGGCAACGGUUCGCUGCGGUUCUAUGCGCGCCACAAGUCUCAGGUUAUCGAGAUGGCACCGCGCACCCUCACCGUGGACAGCAUCGCCAACCACAUGCUGCAAUUGGCCGUGCAGCAGCAGCAACAGAUUAUGAACAGCAGCCAGUCGCCCAUGUCUUUAGCUGCUUCAAUCCUGUCCAUGCCCGUACCAGUAUGAACCCCACACGAGUGCCUCAGCCUCAUCUGUCCCUGUCCCAUGAGCGAUUUGCUAAUGGCAUCCAAAUCUGAAAUGUAAUAUUCAUAGAUCCCACAGAUGUACAACCACAACCCACACCCAGACCCAGACCCACUCGUCGUUUAUCAAAUAUAUUUGAAGGUAUGUAAUAUCCGAUACAUCAUUAGUUCACUCCACUCCCAUCCCCUCUAGUCUAAGUCCUAAUUCUAAGUCGGCCUUAAUUAAGUCAUCCAUUUUGUAUCA